CUCAGUGCCUCCUCAGUUCCUCAGCUUCCCGUCCAACACGUAUGCGUAUGAAAGCACGGACAUCGAGAUGGAGUGUGCCGUGACGGGAAACCCGCAGCCCACCGUCCGCUGGGUGAAAAACGGAGAGGCCGUCAUUCCCAGCGACUACUUCCAGAUCGUGGAGGGCGGUCAUCUCCAGAUUCUGGGUCUGGUUCGCUCAGAUGAGGGUUUCUAUCAGUGCAUCGCUGAGAACGAGGCGGGAAACAGUCAGGCGAUGGCUCAACUCAUCCUGCUGCAGCCCGUGUCCCCGAGCUCAGGCGCCCUCCCCUCCGCCCCCCGUGAUGUGGCCCCCGUCCUCGUGUCCAGCCGUUUCGUGCGCCUCGGCUGGCGCCCCCCAGAGGAGCCGCGAGGGACCGUCCUGACCUACGCCGUCUUCUUCUCUGAGGAGGGAAUCAACAGGGAGCGCAGCCUGAACGUGACGGAGGCCGAGGGUCUGCAGCUGACGGUCAGUAAUCUCCGGCCGGAGGUCUCGUACUCCUUCAGAGUGCUGGCGUAUAAUGAGCAGGGGCCUGGAGAGAGUUCAGAGGUCAUCCGACUGUCCACUCAACCAGAGCUUCUGGUUCCUGGUCCAGUGGAGAACCUGCGGGCAGAAGCUGCGUCUGCUUCGUCCAUCCAGGCGUCCUGGGAUCCUCCUUCCCACACCAGCGGUCCGGUGCAGAGCUACAGACUGCUGUGGACCGAGACCUCCACCGGCAAAGAGCAGAACGUGGAGGUGGUGGGUCAGAGCUACAGGAUGGAGGGCCUGAAGAAGUUCACCGAGUAUUCGUUACGAGUGCUGGCGGUCAAUCGACACGGACCGGGCCUCUCUGAUAAACACAUGCUCAUCACCACGCUCUCAGACGUGCCCAGCGCUCCACCGCAGAACAUCUCACUGGAGGUCGUCUACUCACGGAGCAUUAAGGUGAGCUGGCAGCCGCCGCCUGCAAACACGCAGAACGGAUUCAUCACCGGAUACAAGAUCCGCCAUCGCAAAAUGGGCCGGCGGGGGGAACAGGAAGCCAUCGAACCCAACAACCUCUGGUACCUGUUCACCGGAUUGGAGAAAGGCAGCCAGUACAGCUUCCAGGUGGCAGCGAUGACGGUCAAUGGCACGGGGCCCAGCAGCGAGUGGCACACGGCCGAGACGCCGGAGAACGACCUGGACGAAACUCAAGUUCCCAACCAGCCGAGCUCUCUGCACGUGCGUCCGCUGCCCAACAGCAUCAUCAUGAGCUGGACGCCGCCGCUCAACCCCAACAUCCUGGUGCGCGGCUACAUCAUCGGCUACGGAGUGGGCAGCCCAUACGCCGAGACCGUGCGAGUGGACAGCAAGCAGCGCUACUACUCCAUCGAGAACUUAGAGCCCAGCUCUCAUUACGUCAUCUCUCUGAAGGCCUUCAAUAACGCGGGUGAAGGAGUUCCUCUGUACGAGAGCGCGGUCACCAGAUCCAUGUCAGACCCCUCAGACCCGUCCGAUGACGAUCUGUUCCAUCUGUUUGAUAAAUUCCCAACCCCGAUCCCAGACACGUCCACGCCCAUGAUUCCUCCCGUAGGUGUGCAGGCCGUGGCGCUCACGUCCGACUCGGUGCGGGUCAGCUGGGCCGAUAACUCCAUUCCCAAGAACCAGAAGACCUCGGAGGUGCGCUACUACUCCGUCAAGUGGAAGACCAGCCACUCCACCAGCGGCAAAUACAAGUCGGCUGAUACUACAGCUCUCAGUCACACCGUCACGGGUCUGAAGCCCAACACCAUGUACGAGUUCUCCGUCAUGGUGACUAAAGGACGCAAGUCCAGCACAUGGAGUAUGACGGCACACGCCACCACAUACGAAGCAGCGCCGAGCUCCGCCCCUAAGGACUUGACUGUGAUUGGCCGAGAAGGACGUCCACGAGCCAUUUUGAUUAGCUGGCAGCCGCCGCUAGAAGCUAACGGUCGAAUCACAGGUUAUAUCCUGUACUACACACUGGAUAAGAACAUGCCCAUCGACGACUGGGUGAUGGAGCCCAUCGGUGGAGACCGCCUCACACACCAGGUCAUGGACCUCAACCUGGACACCGUCUACUACUUCCGCAUCCAGGGCAAGAACGCUAAAGGAGUGGGGCCGCUGUCGGAGCCGGUGCAGUACAGGACGGCCAAAGUUGAGCAUCCUGACAAGAUGGCCAAUGAUCAAGGUCGCCAUGGAGACAGCGGUUACUGGCCUCCUGAUAAUAACCUGCUGGACAUGAGCAGUCUGAACGAGCCUCCGAUCGGUCAGAUGCGUCCUCCUCAUGGCAGCGUGACGCCGCAGAAGAACAGCAACCUGCUGGUGAUCAUCGUUGUUUCCAUAGGAGCCGUUACCGUGGUGGUGGUGGUGAUCGUCGCCCUGAUCUGCACCCGCCACUCGUCCGCCCAGCAGAGGAAGAAGCGUGCGACACACAGCGCAGGGAAGCGGAAGGGCAGCCAGAAAGACCUACGACCUCCUGACCUCUGGAUCCAUCAUGAGGAGAUGGAGCUGAAGAACAUAGAGAAGCCCUCGAGCUCCGCCCCCUCCGGCCGCGAGUCGCCCAAUCAGAGCGGCCAGGAGAUGGCACCAGUCAGCCACAGCCAAUCAGAGAGCCAGAUGGGCAGCAAGAGCAGCCACUCAGGUGCAGAUGGAGAUGAAGCUUCCAGCAGUAUUUCCACGUUAGAGCGAUCGUUAGCCGCACGCAGGGCCACGCGCACCAAGAUGAUGAUUCCCAUGGACUCUCAGCCCAGCAACACACCGGUGGUGAGUGCCAUCCCAGUUCCCACGCUGGACAGCAGUCAGUAUCCAGGCAUCCUGCCGUCACCCAGCUGUGGAUUCACCACACACCCCAAAUUCACCCUGAGACCCAUGCAGUUCUCCACACUGAGCGUCGACCGCAGUUACGCGGCCGCGAUGUCAGCGGAGGGCGCCGCUCCAGUAGCCCCGCAGCAGCUGAUUCCCACGGCGCAGUCGGAGCCGUCGGUCUCGGAGGAGAUUCCCAGCCGCACCAUCCCGACCGCCUGUGUGCGGCCCACACAUCCCCUGCGCAGCUUCACCAACCCUCUCCUGCCUCCACCCAUGUGCACCAUCGAGCCCAAGGUCUACACGCCAAUGACAGGUGGGAGUUUACCCAAACCGCAGGUGAAGACGGCUUCUCUGGGUCAGGCUGGGAAGGCUCGCUCUCCGUUACUGCCCGUGUCAGUGCCGACCGCUCCGGAGACGGCUGAAGACGGACAGCAAGCGGACGAACUGCCCAGCUUGGACGAUCUGAGCGUGGAGAUGGCCAGUCUGGAAGGUCUGAUGAAGCAGCUCAGUGCCAUCACGGGUUCGGCCUUUUAACACACACACACACACACACACACACACACACACAGACGCAGAGGAGCGAACGCCUGGAACGAGGAAACACAGACUCUCUUGUGUUCUGGUGAGAUCCACCUGAAGCCCUCGAACGGAAAUAUAAAAAGGGAAAAUGACUCCAAACCGAAUCUCUGCGCUGGAGAGGAAGCGUGUCUUUUCUAACACUGUUUGAGAUUUUAUACUGGUUUCUGAACACGGCCGUGUGAAUCCAUCCCACUGAACGCAGAUCCUUCGGGAUGAAGACUCUCGAGUAUCGUCCGAUGGGAUCAUUAGUGAUUCAUCUCCAACCCGAUUGAUCGGAGUGGCCAAAAUGCAAACCCUCUGACUUUUCAUCGACAUCUUGCCAAUCUAUUGCUGCCAAAAUCCCUGGAACACUCUUUACUAGGGAACUGUGUAUUCAUAGAAGGAGGUCGGACGCCGGACAAGCCCUCGGCUGGAUGAGAAAACACUGAUUUAGUUGCAGAUUUUCAUCUUAUUCGUCUUCACCUAUCUUUGUGAAUCUCUUUACCACACAAACGUCGUAUUGGUUUAUUAUUUCCCAGCGCUGUGCUCUUCGUUUCACAUCGUGUGUUUCCUGUCACCCACGUGUGCUGCCAAAAAUGAUUUUAUAGUAAAAAUAUCUAAAUGUUCUUAAAUCAAGAUGCAUUAACUUGAGAAGAAAAAUGCAGAGAUUUCUGAAAAAGGUAUAAAAAUGAAGUAAAUUUACACUUUUCACUUAAAAUUUUUCUGAACCCGUUGGCAGAUUUUUUUCCUUCUUUUUUUGGUUUUACUCAUAAAUUUACUUUAUUUUUACAAAAAUUUCUUAAAACUAGACUUAAUUUUGACACAUCAUAAGCUCUUUCAUUCAUCUCUUUACUAUUUGCGUUUAAAACCAUUUUAUAUUAGAGUUUUUAUGUGCCUAUACAUAUUUUCAUUCACUUUUUGGUCACUUUAUUUAUUUGCUGUGUUGCGAGAGAGAAGGAGGAUGAAAUGUGUCCCUAUAUUUGAUAUUUUUCUGUCGUUCAGAUGCUGUUUUUACAGAUGCAGCGAGCGAUUGAUGGACUGAUCGAUGGACUUGGGUUUCUACGAUAUAUUUAAUGUAUAAUUUCGAUCGUUUCUUUCACAGUAAAUUAUGAAGAGGAUGAGAUGAAUUGUAGAGCUUUUAUUUAACCCUUUAGGAGAAUAAAUGAUGAGGAAUUCUGGGACGGAUGUCACUGUGCUUUUGAAUGAAGAUAUCAUCAUUACACACAUUCAGCUGUCUGAAGUUUGUGUGUGUGUGUCGUGUUACAUGUGAUCGACAUCAUUCCUGAGAUCUGGAGACGUUUGGAUUCUCACACGUCUGAAAUCCAUCAGUAUUUUUCU